GUAUAAAACAUGCUUUCUUUUAACAUGGUAGAGGUAGUAUAGCUUUUUUUUUUCCCUCUUCUUUUGCUUCUUAGAGUUCUUAACUUUUUUUUUUGGGGGUUACAUAGAGUUCUUACUUUAUCGAGAGAAGGGGAAACAAAAUGAUACUAUAUUUUUAGUAGUAGACUUUUUUUUUUUGGAAAAAACAGCUUUGUUAAAGGCAAAUAGACAGUAAAGAAGAGAUUUUUUCUGGGGUUGGGAAGAGAACAGAGGAAAAGACAGAAAGUGCAACGUCAGAGGGUUCCCCCUCUUUGGUUUGUGGUUUUGGGUUCUUGUUUUGGAUUGGUUGAGGAUUACAGAGGGAUCUCUUCUCAGUUCUCAUCCACAUCUCUAUCUUUCUCUCUGUCCGAGUUUUAUGAGCUGAGUCUUUUUCUUUAUCCUUUUAUUUUUUGUUCAUAUUUGUGUGGUUAUUGUUGUAUUUUUUUGGGUAUUAGCAGCUAAAGUUUUACUCAAAACAUGAAGCUCAACAGUGGAUAAGAGGGUUUUUUUUCUAAGAAACAAAAGAAAUUGUCUCUUGGCUCUUGGGUUGAGGCCAAACCAAAGAAAGAAACCAUCAAAGGUCUAUGAUGAGGAUUAUGGUAUUCAUUCAUAUAUGUUAAUCCAUGGUCCAUGAUGCAAACUUGAUCAGAGUUCUAGAAUUGGUUGUGUAAGAGAAGAUGAUGAAAGGGUUGUUAUUCCACCAACAACAGCAACAGCAACGAGCUUUGGAAGAGAAUAUGUCUAAUUUGACUUCUGCAAUAUCUGGUGAAGCAAGUGUUUCUUCAGGCAAUAGAACUGAAGCUGCCACCAACUAUACUCAACAGUACUUUAGUUCUCCACCACCUCAAACUCAGCCUGUUAAGAGAAAGAGAAACCUGCCAGGCAACCCAGGUUUGGGUUCAAACCCUUACCUUAACACCAUUAUUUCUAUUGCUUAUUUUAUUUGUUUCUGGGACUUAAAUUUGAAAAUUUUUUAUGCAUUUUUUGGGUGUUUUUUUGAAUCAGACCCAGAUGCAGAAGUGAUAGCUUUGUCUCCUAAAACACUCAUGGCAAGAAAUAGAUUUGUGUGUGAGAUCUGCAACAAAGGGUUUCAAAGAGACCAGAACCUUCAGCUUCAUAGAAGAGGGCAUAAUUUGCCAUGGAAGUUAAAGCAAAGAACAAGUAAAGAAGUGAGGAAGAAGGUGUAUGUCUGCCCAGAACCCAGCUGUGUGCAUCAUGACCCAUCGAGGGCGCUUGGCGACUUGACAGGAAUCAAGAAGCACUUCUUCAGGAAGCAUGGUGAGAAGAAAUGGAAAUGUGAAAAGUGUUCGAAGAGAUAUGCAGUUCAAUCGGAUUGGAAAGCUCACUCCAAGACUUGUGGCACCAGAGAAUACAGAUGUGAUUGUGGAACCCUCUUCUCAAGGAGGGAUAGUUUCAUCACUCACAGAGCAUUCUGUGAUGCUUUAGCAGAGGAGAGUGCAAGAACAAUCACGGGAGCUAACCCACUUCUCUCCCCGCACCAACCAGGCGCAUCAUCGGCAGCAGCAUCUCACAUUAAUUUACAAGACAUCCAACUCCAAGCAUUUUCACUUAAGAAAGAGCAACAUAGUUUCAGUACAGCUCUAAGGCCAGAGAUUCCAACAUGGCUCGCCAGCCAACCAAUGCUAGGGGCUGGUCUUGGCCCACCACAGCCUAUAGACCUUUCCUCCUCAUCAUCAUCAAUCUUCUCAUCAAGAUUAGAUCAUCAAGAAUUCACACAAACGCACCAUCAAGAUUUAACACUUCAUGAAAACCCCAGCCCUAACCCCAGUCUCGGCCCCACUCUUCCCCAAUACCAUCCAACAACAGUAACUUCCCCACACAUGUCAGCUACUGCAUUGCUUCAGAAAGCAGCUCAGAUGGGUGCAACCAUGAGCAGCAAAACUGGCUUAUCAUCAGCACCAGCUACUACUGCUACUGCUGCAGCGGUCUCCUUUUUGAGACCCCACCAACAAACUCACGUGUCUGCUGGUUCUGCUGGCAGUAACGAUGACACAACAGCUGGUUUUGGGCUUAACUUGUCUUCAAGUGAGGAACUGGCUGUGGGUAGUAGUGGAUUUAUCCAUGGCUUGGCUCCUUUCGGGAACCACAAACCUGCUACAGCUGCCAAUGCUGGUGAUCAUGCCGCUGGCUCAGGUGCUCCUCCUUCCCUUCUUCAAAACAUGAUGAAUUCUUUUUCUUCUACCACUGGAUUUGACGCCACUUCCUUUGAUGAUAUUGCAUUUGGUGGGAUUUUGAACGCAAAGAAGGGUGGGAGUUUCACCAAUGAAUCAUUCUUGAAAACAACUACAACAACGCCAACUACGAUUGCCACUAGAAACGAUCAUGAAACUGGCGUUAGUACUCAAGGCUUGACAAGAGAUUUCUUGGGUCUUAGAGCUUUCUCUCAUAGCGAUAUUCUCAAUAUUGCUGGUCUUAGAAGUAACUCCAUGAACACUUCGCAUGAACAACGCAACUACUCCGAAAAACGAUGGCAAGGUUAGGUAAUAUAGAAACCCUUUUCUUUUUUAUUUUCCCUCUUGUAAACUUCUUUCAAAUACUAUAUCUUAAUAUUCUCCUUUUACCUGUUUCUUUCUUUUUAUUAAAUCUCCUUCUGCCUUUGCUACAAUCUUUCCAAAGGGAAUGACCUCUCUCAAAAAACUGAUAUAUAAUAUCAGUUCCGUAUACGUAUCCCAUGUUGCAAAAUUUUGCCUUUUUUGUUUAAA